AUGAGCCUGCGACGGCAGCCUCUAAAAUCAUCAAAUUUGGAUAAUAAGGUAAAAUUAAGUGACAAUGUUUUAAAAUUUGGUCAAGGAUUAAACGGAAUAGAUAAUGCUUACACCCUCAUCUCUACACAGGAUUACGCUAGUGGUGGCCCCCUCCGCAAACCCGCUAAGGAACUCUAUGUGGUUAGAGUGCGUUCAACUGCCCUCACUUCAGUAGCCGCAAUUGCUUGCAGGGCGCCGAGCUACGAGUACCGGUGCGACGCGCGGCGCGGCGGCUGCGUCAGGACGACAAAACAGUCCGGCCAGCUCGAGCGGCGGAACAGCAGCGCCUGGGACGAGUUCGCAUGGUCCUUGCGUGCGUGUCAGGUGCGGUGCGGGCGCGCGGGGUCGCUGUGGCCGCUGCCGACGGGCGCGGUGUCGCUGGGCGCGCGGCUGGCGGUGGUGACCGCGGGGGACCUGCUGCUGCCGCCCUCCUGCGCCUCCUCGCCGCGCCUCGCCCACCUGCUGCAUCUCGCGCACCGCGGCCUGCAGCGCCGCCUCCAGGCCGAGGAGGUCGCCUCCCGCGCCCAGUACGCGCGCGGCGGCCACGCCCGGGCGCUGCGGCCGCCGUGGACCCUGCCCCCCGACCUCGACCCCCGGGCGCAGCUCCGCCGAGGGCGCAGCCGGCGCAGUGCAGCGGCCUCGACAGCGCAGCUCGACGUGGAGGUGUGCGUCCAGGGAGACUCCCUCGCCCUGGACUGGUACACCGACGAGAGCUACGCUCUCGAUGGCCUCUACGAGGAAGAGCCGCGGCAGGACGACGAGGGACGUGCCCGACGAGUGCUCAAGGCCAGGAUCGUGGCCGCCACGUACUUCGGCGCUCGCCACGCCUUGGAGACCCUCUCGCAGCUCGUGGCGCACACAGGUCCACCCCCUGACGGCAACUCCGACGGCAGCCUCGUGGUCCCGGACCGCUUCUCGGUGACGGACGCUCCCGCCUACCCGCACCGGGGCCUGCUGCUCGACACGUCCAGGAACUACUACACACCCGCGUACAUCCGCACCACCAUCAACGCCAUGGCCCAGAACAAGCUCAACGUGCUGCACUGGCACAUCACGGACUCGCAGAGCUUCCCUUACGAGUCGAACAGCCUCCCCCAGAUGUCUGCGUACGGCGCUUUCUCUGCCAGGCAGACGUACCCCUCGCGGACGGUGCGCGAGCUGAGCCGCUUCGCGCUGGCCCGCGGCGUGCGGCUGCUGCCCGAGCUGGACGCGCCCGCGCACGCAGCGGCCGGCUGGGGCUGGGGCCGGGCCGCGGGGCUGGGCGAGCUGGUCGUGUGCGCCGCGCAGCAGCCCUGGAUCCGCUACUGCGUCGAGCCGCCCUGCGGACAGCUCAACCCAGCCAACCCCAACGUGUACCGCGUCCUCGCCGCACUCUUCCAAGACAUGCUCAAGGACUUCUACG